UUAUAUAACCACAAACGGAAAGAAAAGAAAAGAAAAGAAUAUUAGGAGCUCCCACACCCAGGUGCAGGUGGUAGUGGUACUGUUCAUCCUAACAUUCUCCUCCAUCCAGCCCAGUGAUUCAACCGCUUAGCUUACACGGCUCGUCCUUUUAGAGAGACUGAGAGAGAUGGUAGGACCGGCGAGGCCUCUGUUUGUUCUGUUCGGAUCCUCCAUAGUCCAGAUGAGCUACGACCACGGCGGUUGGGGUGCCAUUCUCUCUGACAUCUACUCUCGUCGAGCAGACAUAUUGUUGCGUGGUUACUUUGGUUGGAAUUCACGGCGAGCUGUAGAGGUCCUAGAUCAAGUUUUCCCCAAGGAUGCUGCUGUGCAACCUUCUUUGGUGAUUGUAUAUUUUGGCGGUAAUGAUUCUAUGGGGCCUCAUUCAUCUGGCCUAGGCCCUCAUGUACCACUUCCUGAAUACAUUGACAACAUGAGAAAGAUUGCAAGUCAUGUGAAGAGCCUUUCAGCCUCAACACGGGCCAUUUUUCUUAGUUGUCCUCCUGUGAAUGAGGCGAUAAUUCGUGGAAAUACAAGCGGGAUUUUCAGCGAGAUAGUAAGAACAAACGAGUUAUGCCAACAGUAUUCGGAAGCUUGUAUAAAGCUGUGCCAGGAAAUGGAUAUCAAGGUUGUUGAUCUUUUUACUGCAUUUCAGAAAACAGAUGACUGGUUGAACGCUUGUUUUACAGAUGGGAUUCAUUUAUCUGCUGAAGGGAGCAAAAUAGUGGUGGAAGAGAUACUGAAGGUACUGAGGGAAGCUGACUGGAAGCCAAGCUUACACUGGAAAUCCAUGCCGUUAGAAUUUGCAGAGGAUUCACCAUAUGAUCUUGUUGCUGCUGAUGGAAAGACAACAUUAAAUCCCUCCAGCUGGACUUUUUAUAGGGAGAUUCAGUGGGACUAGUUUGGAGAGUCAAUGUUCCACCUGUGCUUGAAUAGAAGAUUGAAGUAUCUAUUGUUGCAUGGAACGCUAAAACUAAUGAAAGAGCCAAAACAAAAAGGAAGAAAAAAAGAGAGUGGAUUUUGUGAAA